AUGCCACCGGAAGCCCCGAUCACGAUUUGCUACAGGCAGCAGUCUCAAGAUGGAUCGGGAGGGGAUUUAUGGCGGAGUAUCGCGCUGCCGCCAGGCGAUGGCAUCCAGGAUCUAGCAGCGGCAUGUAGCGAGGCGAGUUUUGGAAUCGGGGGUGAGAGGGUCAUGGAUCCGAGCUACAGAAAGGCGCUCAAGCUGGAGCCUGGCGAUUUCACAACCAGCUUCGAUCUCUCCGGGUAUGGAAUUCUAGACGAGAUCAAAACGCUGCUCUUUCCGACCAAGCAGACAGUGAUUGCCAAGCUCUACAAGCUCAACGUCUAUGCACAGGGAGAUUUCUUCAAGCCUCACGUAGACACUCCCCAAAGUGGAAACAUGCUAGCUUCGCUCGUCGUCUCGCUGCCCUGCGCUCACUCUGGCGGAGAUUUGGUGGUCCGGCAUGGCAAGAAAUUCCAUAGCUUUAGCUUUGGAGGAGAGAAUGGCAAUGGCCGGAUAGGCUGGGCGGCUUUCUUCUCGGACUGUGAGCACGAGGUGAUGGAGGUAACGUCGGGGCAUCGAUUGACACUCACUUACAACCUGUUUGUCGAGAACUCUACCACUCCAAAGACGGAUUUUUCAGGCACGCAGCUCUACAAGCUCUUUGUCGAGGCAAAGGAGUCCGGACAGAAGAUGACACUGGGAUUUCCUUGCAAGCAUCUCUACGCCCAAGGGAAUGGCCUCAAAGGUGACGAUGCUUUUGUCUAUCACACAGCAGUGGCAGCUGGGUUAAACGCCUCGGUGUGCUCGGUGUGGUCGAGAGAAGAUGGCUUUCGCGCCUCGAGGAGGAACCCCGACUUCGAUCAUCCAAAGUUCAUUGGUGACGAAGACGUGCUUGGAAGAUUUCUAGUGUCCGGGUAUGCUUUCUACAGGGAGGAAGUUGAAAUAGCUGAGAUUGGCAAGUUGCUACACGAGGAAAUGGAGGAAGAUGUGGGCGAUGUUGUGUGGUGCCGCGAGAAUUUCGAGUGGAAUGUCGGUGGCGCGUGCGCGAGCUAUGGGAAUGAACCAGGCACUGAGUCGUUUUACUGUGCAGCCGCGAUUCUGGUCAGUGUAGACGACAGAGAAGAUGAACCAAACGAAGAUGACGCAGACGAAAACGAAGAUGAUCCAAAUACAAACAAUGAUACAAUGGAAGAUGAUGCAAACGAAGACCCAAACUGA